AUGAAGAAGUACCAAAUUGGCCAUGUACUGAUUUGGGAGGACGGCGUAAGACAUACCCGCAAAUGUCUGUAUUUGGAAGAAUCAGUAGAGAAGCAAGACGUGAAAGACUUAGUUGAGAAGUUACUAGAAGAGCUAUAUUCUGAUCAACAUGAGUGGAGUGGAAACAGUGUAAUAGAAUAUAGCCAUAGCUUAACCACAGCGCCGUCAAUAUCAUCUUCUCAAUCCAACUGCGGCGAUCAAAGAGAUGCCAUUGAAAGAAUUUAUCUAGAAGACUUAGAAAAUGAUGAGAUUCGGGAGCAGUUGACUGAAUGGAAUUACAAGUUGCGCGUAACCGGCGAAAGGUUGGCGAAAAGCUUACGUGUACGGGACCGCUUGAAGCGGGAACAGAAAAAGCUGUGCACCGCUUUCACCGUCUUGUUGCGGCAUAUCAAACAGAUGAGUGCAAUCCUAAACUCCCUCAGGAACUUAGCGAGUUCUUCGAGGGCCAAUGCAGCCGGAGACAGCGGCGCUCGAUUUGGCAUAACACCGAGUGGCAGCGAAGGUCCUGGAGAAGGUGGUUUUGCAGAAUGGCUCCACGCUAUGAAGCUGGUGGCACGGCUCCCAGCUGGUGUUCCACAACACUUUCGCAGAAAGCUAUGGUUGACAUUGGCGGAGCGACAUUUAUCAUCGAGAAACAUCGAUUGGGCUACAGCGGAGCGGGCUUGUUUCCGGGGCACCGCACAGCCCGAUGAUACGGAACUUGGCGCUCAAAUUCUUAAGGACUUACAUCGCACUGGUUGCUCACUUUUCUGUGGAACUGAAGGUCGUGAAAAUCAAGCUAUGCUUAGACGUGUAUUAUUGGCGUAUGCGAGAUGGAAUAAGGACGUAGGAUACUGUCAGGGCUUCAACAUGUUAGCAGCAAUAAUUCUAGAAGUAAUGGAAAAGUCGGAGUCUGACGCUUUGAAGGUUAUGAUAUAUUUAGUUGAGGCUGUAUUACCCGAAGGCUACUUUGCGGACGAUUUGCGGGGUCUCUCAGCAGACAUGGCUGCGUUUAGAGACCUGCUCAGGAUACGUUUGCCAAGACUCGCACACCACAUGGAUUAUCUUCAAAGAAUUUCAGAUGGCGGUGGCAUAGAGCCCCCACUUCCAGACGUUUUCACAAUGCAAUGGUUCCUUACGCUUUACGCGACUUGGCUGCAACGAGAGUCACUUUUAAGAAUAUGGGACCUCAUCCUUCUUGACGGUAACGAAGUGCUUUUACUGACAGCCCUGGCCAUAUGGGACAUGCUUCAAGACCGCAUUCUAUCAGCACGCUCUGCAGACGAGUUCUACAGCUGCAUGGGUGGCGGUGUCGGUGCGGUGUGGGAGGCGGGCGAGGCCCUGGUGGCGAGGGUCGUCGCCUUCGGUUCUGCACCCGAGCUGCCGAGGCUGCGAAGCUUGCACAGAUACAGAGUUGCACCCCCCGCACCGCCCACAUCGGCGCCCAUUUAUCAUCCACCAAUGCAAUCAGCGAUGCAGUCGAUGACGAAGCGUGGUUUACGUUUGUUUUACUCGGAAGACGAAGGUGAAUCCAGUGACGACGGAAACAAAAUGGCACUAGCUACGGUCUUACCUCGGCGCGAGGAGAGAUCGGGUGCCGGUGACAGACUCUCGUUAGAUAUCGGAGCUUUAAAACGUCAAUACGCUCGCCUUCGAGAAAGGCAAAGGCAAGCCCAUGUCAUUUUAGCAGCUGCUUGUGCUCGCCACGCGGCAGUUGGAGUUCCUACGUCACCGACAUCGCUAACAGUGAAUAACCUCCUGUUAGGAAAAAGUGCUAUAGUGAGCUCUCGAGGGCGAAGGCUUGGUCCUCCUCCCGGAGCAAUACCGCCAUCACGAGCUUCAUCAUUGAAUCAUGAAAAGUCUGAUGCAAAACCACGUACUUCUUCAAAUGAUACAAUCAGUUGGAAAGAAGAAAAGAGUCGUAAAUCUUUCAACAGACGGAACUCACUUAAAUGGAAAGAUAUAAAAAAAGAAAAAGUUUCCCAGAAAAAUAGGAAAACCUCCAUCGAUUUAGACGAAAUGGGUGAUGGAAUAAUUGUAUCUGAAGUGGAAGCUAAUGAAAUGAUCGCCACUCUCCGAUCACGAAGUUCUAGUGAAUCUUCAACUUAUUCAUCUCAUUCGGCAUCCAGUACAGAUACAAGUCUUUGCGACGAAAAUGAAAGGGCAACCCCGAAUUCUUUGGAGCAAGAG